AUUUGUUGUCUCCCUCUGUUGCCUAGUGUGACUGAGCAUUCCCCCCCCUUCCCCCCCUCUUCGACUCACUAUCGCUCCUAUCCCGACUGCCUGGUGCCGACUCCGGGGUUAGAGCCAACGAAUGAACAACGAGCGAAGCAAAAUAGCAGUAUCACAGCUCGCCAUGACGCCCAUCGAGCCCGUUCUUCCUGCCGAGCUGGCUCCGGAGCACACGGAUGCGGGGCAUCCCGGUCCCCCCACGCAAACAAACAACACGACAACUUCUUCUCAUCCUUCUUUUCCGUCUUCUUGUUCGUCUUCUUCUUAUUCCUCUAGGCGCAGGUCGCAUUCGGUGACAGCAUCCAUGCACCAGGGCGCAGACCUGGGCUGCCAGCUCUUCCGCUCGUUAUCCGCGGCAACAACGUCCGACUCGAGGACGACGACAGGUGCGAGUACAGGAAGCGGCAGCAGCAUGAGGGAGAAACUCGGCCUGGGCAGCAUUGCACGUCGCACUCUGGGUAUCACGCUGCUGCUGAUCGUGGUGUUUCUCUGGACGCUGUCCAACUUCCUCGCGAGCUACAUCUUUUCGGACGGCACCUACAACAAGCCUUUCUUCCUCGUCUACGUCAAUACCUCGUGCUUCGCCAUCUCGCUCAUCCCGCUCACCAUCCGCUACGUCAAGCAAAACGGAGUGGGCGGGCUGGUAACCGCCGCCCUGCAGCUGUGGCGGGAAAAGAGAUCCGGGUUGACGCUCCUCAAGACGGCGGACGAAGAAGGAAGGCGGUGCGGGGCUGCGUACGACGACGGCGACGCGGCAGAGAGGUUGCUCGUCGACGAUGAGGCGGGCCUGGACGUGCUGCCGCCGGGAAAGGACGAGAAGCUCAGCGUGGGCGAGACGGCGCGGCUGAGCCUCGAGUUCUCGCUGCUGUGGUUCGCCGCGAACUACUUCGCUUCGGCCUGUCUCGAGUACACAAGCGUGGGGAGCGUGACGAUCCUCACGUCGACGAGCAGCAUCUGGACCCUGGUUUUCUGCGCGCUGACCAAGGUGGAGACAUUCACCCUGCGGAAGUUGGUCGGCGUGUUGGCGUCCCUGGUGGGCGUGGUGCUCAUCUCCUCGGUCGACCUGUCCGGGGCGAACGAUGAUAGCCGGGGGAGCUUCCCGCACAAGACGACGGUGCAGAUCGCGAUUGGGGAUUCCAUGGCCUUCUUCAGCGCCAUCAUCUACGGUGUCUACGUCACCGUCAUGAAGAGGAGAGUGGGUAAUGAGGAGCGCGUGAACAUGCCGCUGUUUUUCGGCCUGGUGGGUCUGUUCAACGUCCUGUUCCUCUGGCCAGGGUUCUUCAUCCUUCACUAUACCGGCAUCGAGCCGUUCGAGCUGCCCCCGAGCGCAAGUGUUUGGACCAUCAUAGCGGUCAACUCGAUGGCCUCCUUCUUCAGCGACAUCCUCUGGGCGUACGCCAUGUUGCUCACCACGCCACUCGUCGUUACCGUUGGCUUAUCGCUGAACAUCCCCCUCUCGCUGAUCGGAGAGAUGAUUCAAUACUCUCAGUAUUCGAGCUGGCUCUACUGGGUGGGAGCCGGAAUCGUGUUUAUUUCAUUUUUGUUUAUCAACAAUGAGACUUAUGAAGAGACCACAGGCGGGGACGAUGGGCAGGUUCGCGGAGUGGAGGGUUCAGCGGCAUAGUAUGGAGUCGCUGCCUGGCUUGGCCUCUGCGAGAUCUGGCCUUUUUUGUUUUUGUUUUAUGAUCAACAACAGUUAAGACGAAUUCAA